CCUUUGUUGGGAAUAAUAAUUUAUUUAUUGAUAAUCAACAUGUGGUAUUAACCCGUAAUACUCGACAAGAAGGUUCAGGAAACCUUAAUUACAAUAUAGCAAAUUUAAUAGCUCAGAUCUUCAAUGAAGAAAAUAAUGAAUAA